UGGGAUGUCACUUGCCAGCUGGCAGGGCAAAGGGUAGCUCCCUGCAGAACCGGCUGCAAGCACAAACCACAGUCAGACAGACAGUAGACGAUGACAGUGAGCUGUCUGCAGCAGGAACUUCUGUUUCUGAUCCAGAGGGUCCGGCUGCAUCCCGAGGCUUUCCUUCUCAUCUUCUGGAUCAGGAUAAAGGAAUAGCUUGGGCAUCAAAAAUGGAUGAAAAGGAUGUACUAACUCAUCCUGAUGAGGAGGAAAUCAAAUGCAUACCUCAUGCUUCUUAGGAGGAGAGCACACACAGAGACACUACUAUCUCUGCAGCCCUCACUUUUCCUGCAAAACUCUGGGUACUGCUCGAAAGUCACCAAUUUAAGAACAUUUGGUGGGGUCAGAAUGGAAGCUGCAUUGUAACUGACGGAGAAAUGUUUCAGAUCGAAGUACUGCAAAAGAAUGGAUCUUUGAGAGUCUUUGGGACAGAAAGCAUGAAAAGCUUUAUUCGCCAGCUUAAAGUGUACAGAUUCACAAAAAGGCAGCAUGACUUCAAAACAUCUCCCUCGCUUCCCGAGUUUCUGGCAGAGGAAGAGGUGUUUGUGGCUCACUGGAAGCCCACAGGAAGAGCUGAACGAGGGCCCCCCCAGGAGCAGCCCAGGUGCCCAGCCCAUGGAAGAAACAACUGCUGGCCAGACAAGAGCUUGCUGCCAGCAGAUCCACAAGUGGGCACACAGACAGUGGCAUCCAUGGGGCCUCCACCACCCAAGCAACCCAAGAAAGCCAAAGACCAAGCCCAAGCCCAAGCAGGCAGCGCUCCAACUCCUCCAGACCCUGCUGCUGCACCAGGGAGGGAAGAGUGCCAGCCUCUGGCCCCCUCCCUGCUGCCACCGAGCAGCAGUCCUACCUUGCGUGCCGCUUCAGCUCCUCCAGCUUACAACAUUCUGCCCUUCAUGCCACCCACUUUUACACCUGGCUCAAUGUGGCAGGCAUUUCCCCAGCCCCCACAAGAAUCAGAGCUGCAGGAUCCUGGGACUGCCCUGCAUUACCUCAGCCAAUGCUUUGCCAUGGCCAUGUUGGCAACAGCCAAGAUGACAUCACCUACCUGGGGUCCCUGGGCAGCCUCACAUUGCUCAACAUGCACCUGCAGCUCCCACAAAGCAGCCUCACAUUGUCCAACAUGCACCUGCAGCUCCCACAGAGCAGCCCCACAUUGCUCCAAAUGCACCUGCGGCUCUGAUGCAGUAGAUGCAGGAGGGUGGCCGGAACCCUAGCACAGAACCCACUGCACAUAGCAGGGACAGCAGCACCCAUUUAUAGGUUUGUAACUUCCUACUUCAUAGACAGAUGUUUCUGGAAAUAGGAUGUUUGAAUAAUAAAACUUUUCUGUUGCCAUGUCCUUUUCAUUCACUCAUUCAGGUGACAUCUCAGAUCACAUUUUCAUUCUGUCUUCAAAAAGAAGUAGAAACAAUGGUUCUCUAACAUCAUGUUAACAGUUCUCUCUAACAAUGACGCUCUAGACCCUUAGCCAUAGAGAGUAAAACAUUGGAUGACGUUUGCAUGCUGCAUGCACUGAGAAUGCUCUUCCUAAUGAUGACUUCUGAGGGAAAGCAGAGACUAAUUAAACAGCAGAAUUUUAAUUACUGAAGACUCAGGAAGAGAAUGCCACCCUAGUAGGAUGACUGCUCACAAGAUAUUGCUCUACACGGUCAGGCAGUAAUAACUCGUGGAUUAAUUUCUGGGCUAACAUUUGCCGAGGGUCUGAUAAACCAAGUGCUUUGGAGAGGCCUCCUCUGGAAAAUCAGAAAACACCGUUCAGAAGACCUGGAAAGAAUUUGGCCUUUCUUGUUACAGAAAGGUUAUAAUGGAUAUAAAUUUGACAAUUGCCUUAAAUUUUAAAAUCUAAUUUCUUUAACAUCCUAAACCCCAUGCAUUGUACCAAGAAGGCAGUGCAAGAAAUAAGUGAAGACAGCAGAAGGCAGCACUGCAUCCAAACUGACUGCUGCCCUGGUUCCCUUCAUAGAAUCGUAAUAGAAUUGCUCAGAUUGGAAAAGACCUUCACGAUCAUCAAGUCCAACUGCAACCUAACCAUACUG